CGGGGGAAGAGUCCGGCCCGAGCCCGCCUGGCCCCAUGGACAGCUCGGCCGUCAUCACUCAGAUUAGCAAGGAAGAGGCGCUGAGCCCGCUGCGGGGGAAAGGUGAUCAGCCGCCGCCGCCACCACCUUCAAAGAAACCCCGGGGCCGAAGAAUCUUCCAUUCCCUGUUUUGCUGCCUGUGUCAUGAUGACGCAGAGCCCGUGGCCAUUAACAAUAAUGCCCCACUGCUGGUGGAAGAAAAUGGGACUGUUCCCAAGGCACCAGUUAAAUACCUGCUUCCUGAGGCCAAAGCCCAGGACUUGGGCAAAAUCUGUGUGGUCAUCGACCUGGAUGAGACCUUGGUGCAUAGUUCAUUUAAGCCCGUGAGCAAUGCAGACUUCAUCAUCCCUGUGGAGAUUGAUGGAAUGGUUCACCAGGUCUAUGUGCUGAAACGGCCCCAUGUGGACGAGUUCCUGCAGCGGAUGGGGGAGUUGUUUGAGUGUGUGCUUUUCACAGCCAGCCUGGCCAAGUAUGCAGACCCUGUUGCUGACCUGUUGGACAAGUGGGGGUCAUUUCGAGCUCGGCUCUUCCGAGAGUCCUGUGUCUUCCACCGAGGGAACUACGUCAAAGACCUGAGCCGCCUGGGUCGGGACCUUCGGAGGGUGCUCAUCCUGGACAACUCUCCUGCCUCCUAUGUCUUCCAUCCAGACAAUGCUGUACCAGUGGCCUCAUGGUUCGACAACAUGGGCGACACAGAACUUCAGGACCUCCUUCCUUUCUUUGAACGGCUCAGCCGCGUCGAUGACGUCUACUCGGUGCUCAAACAGCAGAGGACUGAGAGCUAGUGAGGUGGGGGGCUGGUGCCCCUCCUGGUCUCCCAGCUCCCGGGCCUCCUGCUGGUGUCACAGAGCUAGGUCUGGCCAGGCACGCACCCCACCGACCCUCCACUUCAGCACUCUGGAAGCCAGUUCUCUUCUUCACACUUGAACUUCCAGUCACCAUCUUCCUUUUCUCUUUUAAAGAAACAAAUCUGAUUUUAAAAUUCAGUGCCACGGGGAAGGACUCUGUCCCCUUACCACCACCACCAGCCAGCCCAGCUCACCUCCUCAGACCCAGAAUGGGAGGAGUGGAUGAGGGGGGAUUGGAGAGAUAAAGGGGCAACAAGAAAGACUGAAGGUGGCCUUGGGCUUCAGGCUUGACCCCCUCUGGCUGCCUCCCUCCACAUCUGGGCUGGGUCCUUUAACACCAAGCAUCAGUGCCUUAUGUGCCCUUCUGCCCCAGCAAUGGGACUUUGGAGGGGGGUUAAGGUUCAAGGUGGGGACCCUCAACCCCUCUGUUCCUCCCUUCCAGUGUUGCUGAGUUUCUCUGCUGCCAAAUUUGGGGACCCUUCUUAGGGAAGAAGAGGGAGAUGUCUGUGUUUCAGCUUUUCUGUGACCCAGUACCUCACCCCCACUUAACUCCCCACCUCCACCCCAGCCUGGCCUCCCUUGGUAGGCAAGGUUGGAUGCUAAGUGCCUUGUUCAGAGAGCCCCUCCUCCCCAGAGGUUGGAGGUGGCAAGGAAAAACAUAGGAGAUACCCCCAAAGCAGGUUUAUUCCCCAAAACAGUCCAGAUGAGAAGGUGAGAGGAGAAGUUUGGCUCAAUGUCCCUCCCUUGCAGCUCCCACACCUACCCUCUGAAAUGGAGUCUUUCCUCUUACAAUUAGUGCCUCUUAAAAAAAGGAGGGCAGCUGUUACAGUUGAGGAAACUGAGGCAUGGCAAAGAAAAGCCUACUGACCUAGAUCUGAGUAGGACCCGUGAAUACUGCCCCAGACCCCUAUUGUCUGUAGGGGAUGGGCUAGGGGACAAAUAAGGGAAUCCCCUCAGUAAUAGAACAUUCUCAGUCUUGGGGGGGGGGCAGUGGCCCCCUCAGCAAUUCCUGCCUUCCUUAUACCAUCACCCCUACACACACACACACACACACACAACACCCUUUUUAUCACAUCUGCCUUAAUCAUGAAUGUCCCAGGCCAAAUGUGCCACCAUUUGGGUGAGAUUAGCCCUUUCAGUCCCUAAAUGGGGUCUGGGGGAGGGGAGGAGGAGGGGCUGGGGACCAGGGCUCCCAGCCCCCAUUGUGCCAUAUAAAUAUGUAUAUGUGUAUAUAGAUUUUUAGAGGAAAGGGGCAGGGAGGCUGAAAGGGUGGGAAGACACUCCUUGUCCCUCUUCGGGGCCCAGGACCUGAGGGGGAAGGAGAGCGGGAUGGGAAAGGAUUUUUACAUUUUUUAAACUGCUAUUUUCUGAAAGGAGCAAGUGAACCUAGGGGAUGCCAGUGCCUCAGUCCCCUGCUUCACUCCUGCUUCAGCCCCACCAGUCCUGGAGCUGUCUGGUGUGCCCUUAGUUUCCCCAUAUUGCCUGGUGGUUAAUUUGGCUUAAGGGUUUGGUUGCAACCCCCAAAUCAGGUGGAGUUGAGGGCCUCUGGGACCUCCUGUCUCCUUCUCCAAGCAUCCCCUCCUUAGAAUGGGGGUGGGAGGUGGAGGAACAGUCCAUGCCUCAAUUCAGUGCCUGCUUCUGUCUUUCCACUCUCCAUCCUAUCCCCUGCUUUGGGUCUGGUUUGAGGUGACUCAUGGGAGAACCCCUUACACCCAGGGGUGAUCUCUUCCCCCCAGCAGACUCCUGGUCCCAACAUUACCCCACAGGCCUAUUAGGAAGUCAAGAGUUCUGGUGGCCAGGCCAAGCUGUUCUGUUAUGGUUUGGUUUUUUUCUUAGUGCCAACCCAAGCCACACAGCCCUUCCCCCUAACUCCUCCAUGUUUGCUCGUUGGGGGACAGCUCCCAGGAAACCAGAGCCUGUGUCCCCUCCCUUCCACCCUGACUCCCUGGUUCUAAGGUGCCCUGAAGGUUGGCCCUUUGACCCCUUCCACUGCCUAAUUAUUGCAAUACCAGUGCCAAGGGGGAGUCAGGGUGGUAAUACAUAUCAGAGUGUUAUUCUUAAAUCAAAAAAAGGAGCCGGGAAUAGUGGGCAGGGUUGGUGUAAGACAAAGCUCCGUCUAAGUGCCUUUUGUGGGACCCUGGGGUGAUGGGAGUCCCUCGAGCGAUAAAGAGAAUACCAGACCCUUCCCGAUCAA